CCUUUUGUUUUUCAAUCCUCAGAUCUUGGCGUAGCUGAGAAUGGUCUGAGGUGAUUUGUGUGGGACGCAGGCAUCACGACUGGGCAUCCCUGUGGAGAAUCGCUCCAGUGCAUUCAUCUGGAUGUGAGGACCGGUCUAGUUAUCCGUCUCUCACCUCCUCUGCAUUUUUUCUUUUUUUUUUUGGUUUGUUUCGUUUCUCGGAGGGGAUCAUGGGGGGAGCAGUCAGCGCUGGCGAGGACAACGACGAUUUGAUAGACAACCUGAAGGAAGCGCAGUACAUCCGCACAGACCGCGUGGAGCAGGCCUUUAGGGCCAUAGACCGUGGAGAUUAUUACCUGGACGGCUACAGAGACAAUGCCUACAAGGAUCUGGCGUGGAAGCAUGGGAAUAUACACCUGUCAGCACCGUGUAUCUACUCUGAGGUGAUGGAAGCCCUGAAACUCCAGCAGGAUUUGUCUUUCCUGAACCUCGGCAGCGGCACGGGAUACCUGAGCACCAUGGUGGGCCUGAUCAUAGGUCCGUUUGGAGUAAAUCAUGGCGUUGAGCUACACAAGGAUGUGGUGGAAUAUGCAAAAGAAAGACUCGAUGACUUCAUUAAAAACAGCGACAGCUUUGACAGGUUUGAGUUCUGUGAACCACACUUUGUGGUCGGGAAUUGUCUGGAGAUUUCCUCAGACAGUCACCAGUACGACCGCAUCUACUGCGGCGCUGGAGUUCAGAAGGACCACGAGAACUACAUGAAAAUCCUGCUGAAAGUCGGAGGGAUUUUGGUCAUGCCGAUAGAGGAUCAGCUGACUCAGAUCACCAGAACCGGUCAGAGCUCCUGGGAGAGUAAGAAUAUCCUGGCGGUGUCAUUUGCUCCUCUUGUUCCGCAGAGCAGGACAGAUGGCUGCAAGCCUGAAGCUGUGGUGCUCCCGCCGCUGUCCGUGAGGAGUCUUCAGGACCUGGCGCGAAUCUACAUUCGCCGGACCCUCCGCAACCUGACCAAUGAGGAGCACCCGGCUCGCAACAACACGCAGCGGUCGUCCCAGAAGCGCAAACGCAGGCGCUGCCGCCGCCGCCGCCGCAUCAACACCUACGUGUUCGUGGGCAACCAGCUGAUUCCCCAGCCCAUGGACAGCGAGGAGGACGAAUGCAUCGAGGAGGAGAGCAAAGAGGAGGAGCAGGAGAAAGACAUUGAGCCCGUCAAACCCGAGGAGCCGCGGGUCAACCAUCUGAGAGACAAAAUCUCGAGUCUGCCACUGCCCGAGUCGCUGAAGGCGUACCUGCUGUACUACCGCGAGAAAUAACGUGCCGGCCCGUAGAAGCAUUCAUCAGCGGUGGUGGUCUCCCCUUUCCUUCUCAGACUACUCAAUUUCAUCGUUUUUUUUGGAUAACGUAGCAUAAUUGAAAGAUUUAAACCGGGUUGGGCUGCGUUCGCCAGAGACGCCGGAUUUGAUUGUGCUUGCUGUGUUUGUUCUAAUGACUUAUAACGUUGUAAUAUUCACAUUUCGAAUGUGAUUUUUCACUUCAGAGGGUUUCGAAGCUUCUAGCUCCCCUUGUUUGUAUUGAGAAGAUGUGAAGGAAGCUCUUUUUCACAGGCUUGUAUUGUAAGACCUGCUGUUUGAUGAAACCAGUAAUGACCGUUUUCUUUCUUAGUUUAAUUAUAGGGCGAAUGAAAAUUCGAGUCAUUAUUUUGGGAUUGAUUUUUGCCGCCUUUGAUUCUCCGAAGCUUUCGGGAGUUUUCGCUGUUUGUGAUGCUAAUGCUUUCGGUAUUUCUUUCUAGAGAUGGUUGUUUUUUUGGCCCGUGUUUUGCAUUUCUGUAUUUUUCUAGUCACAUUUGUAAGUACUGAUAUUGAGCUGUCACUUAAUAGAUGAUGUAAUUUUUUUGAUUUGUUCCUUUCUCUCGUCUUCGAGUCGAUCUGAACACCUAACGCUCCACUGUUCCGCUUGUGAUCAUAAAAUGUAAGAGACGUCACUGUUCGUGUCGGUUUGUAAUCGGUGAUUUCUCACUGUCGUAACAACUUGUUCGCAAUAUAUUGUCAGCAUAAGAAAACUGUGGCUUAAUUGCAGUUCUUCAGUUGAUUGUAGAGGAUUUUGUCACGCUGAAAUGAAAUCUAAUAGAAUUUGCAUCCGUCAUGUUUGUCACAUUUCCCAAAAAUACACACAGAUUUAGACAUUGGAAAAAGACCCAAAGUAUGUUUAAUAUGUUCAGUAGAUAUUGUGUCGUUUAAAUUCAUCUGAAAAUUCAUUAAAAAAAGUCAUCAUAAAAAUUAGAUUCUGUUGUUUUAGUACUGCCCUGAUGAUGCUAUGUAGCAUAACAUAUAUUAUGAUAUAUACAGUACUAAAUAACUUUAUAUAAAUUAUUCUGUUGAAAGGUUCUUAAUAUUGUGUGUCGCCUCUGUUACUGUUCAUUCAAGGUCUUUUGUGAUGGUUGUGCAUCUCUGGUUUGUCCCACAAAAGUCCUCCAGAUCCAUUUGAGUUCUUCCUCCCAGUGGCUAUAGUAUGCUGAGAUCCAAUUUUACUCCGGCACUGACAAAACCAUCAGAAAAGAUUGAAAACAGUCAUUGAUGCUUGAGGAAACCACACAAUAUCACGAACCACACAUGAUAUCAAGAACUAAGCAUGUAAACUUUUCAACAGGAUCUUUUGUGUAAUUAAAAUAACUUUGUGUCGUGAAAUAUAUGUACAUAUCUAUUGUGCAGCUUUUUUAGGGCAGUACUAAAUAUAUUAAAAAAAAUUCCAUUGUAAGAUUUUAUCUGAAUACUGACUUUUAUUUUAGUUUAUUCCUAAAAUAACUCUAUUAUGCCACAGCUAUGAACCACAAAUUGAUAAGCUGAUGAUUUUUUUUUCCUGAAUGAGGAAGACUGUAAAUUUACAUGUGCUAAAACUAAUUUGAUCUUUUUUUUUUAUUCUUUUUUUUUUAGAAGUACGCUAGCACACAGACAUGGAAUUUUAUUUUAUUUUAUUUUAUGGGGACUUUAAGCACCUUAAGUCAUUGCCUAUCUAUGAAAUGAUGGUGAGAGGGAAACUAGAAUGUAAAGAUAAAAACCAAAAUGAUUUUUCAUAUUUGGUCUUACAUGUUAAGGUACAGUAUCUCUAAUAGAUCUACACCAGCACAGUCUAGAAACAAUGCUUUCAUCUUUUUAAACAGUAUUGCACCAGCUUUGAAUUCAAAGUGACUUCAAAACUCAUAAAAGAGAGAGGUUCGUGUGUUUUGUUAUUGAGACAGCGGGAUGGCACAUUUACGUGUACAAUUGUAUUAAACAAACUUUAAUAGGUUACUACCCUCCUGAAAACAAAGACCGUUUAUGACUAUUUUCAGUCAAUCAUGAAAAUGCUCAACGCGUUUGAGAUAUUGAGAGAAGAAACAACAGGCCAUGCAGAUUCUACAUGAGUGGAUCUUGUAAUCAUUUUCAUUAUUUUUCAUAUUGCUUAUUGACAGUAAACCGGACGGUUUCGCAAGAUAAGAGCAAUUUGUCCGUUGCGUUUGUGAUUGUUUGAUUGUUUCAUGAGAUCUAAUUCCACAGCAUGAUGUCCUACAGACGCUCCCUGUCUUUUUCUUAAGUGUAUCACUGACUGUAAUUUGAUGCUAUGUUUCUCAACCAUCUUUUCAUUAAAUAUAUUUAUAGCCAA